CAGAUCACCACCGCCGCAUAUGCAUGCUCUACAUAUAUAUGCUCAGGCUUCCCACUGCUCAGAUGCAGCCCUAGCUAGCCGCCGUCCUAGAGCAAGCCACGACGAGGACGAUGGCGCGCCUGUUUCUUCCCCCCGUCCUGCUGGCCUUCUCCCUGGCCGCCGCCACCCUCAUCCUGAACGCCGGCGUGGCGGAAGCGUUCUCGUGCCAGUGGCAGGGGUGGGGCGGGUGGCGCCACGUCUUCCGCGGCCGCUACGGCCGCCGCCAGAACAUCUCGUCGAUCGUGACGGAGGAGAUGUUCUCGCGCAUGUUCCUGCACAAGGACGACGCCGCCUGCCCCGCCAACGGGUUCUACAACUACUCCUCCUUCGUCAGCGCGGCCGAGUGGUUCCCGGAGUUCGGCAGCGGCGCCCACCACGUCGACGCCGACACGCGCAAGCGCGAGGUCGCCGCCUUCCUCGCGCAGAUCUCCCACGAGACCACCGGCGGGUGGGCGACGGCGCCCGACGGGCCCUACUCGUGGGGCCUCUGCUUCAAGGAAGAGAUCAACGCGUCCAGCAACUACUGCGACGCCGACAACAAGGAGUGGCCCUGCGUCGACGGCAAGUCAUACCACGGCCGCGGACCCAUGCAACUCUCCUGGAACUACAACUACGGGCCGGCGGGGGAGGCGCUGUGCUUCGACGGGCUGGGGAACCCGGAGGUGGUGGCGAGCGAUCCGGAUGUGGCGUUCAAGGCGGCGCUGUGGUUCUGGAUGACGCCGCAGGAGCCCAAGCCGUCGUGCCACGACGUGAUGCUGGGGCGGUACGUGCCCACCGAGGCCGACAAGCAGGCCAACCGGACGGCGGGGUUCGGGCUCACCACCAACAUCAUCAACGGCGGGCUCGAGUGCAACCGCACCGGCGACCCGAGGGUGGAGGAUAGGAUCGGGUACUAUCGCCGGUACUGCGAGAUCCUCAAAGUAGACGACCUCGGAGACAACUUGGACUGCGCUCAACAGCUGCCCUACUCGUAACCGUUACACUCAACAACAGUUUGGGCGCUGCUAAUCAAGCUAGAUUGCUAGGCAUGCAUAUGCAAGUUUCGAUCUAUUUUAUCAAUGUUGAACCUUCUAUGUUGCUGAUGCAAAUCUUAUGGACGAAACCUUUUGGCUUCUAGGUAAUUGUAUGAAUGAUAUGCAUGUAUCGGGAAAGGAUGUGUCUACCGUUUAUCGAGACUUAAUCAAGUCACAUCUAACUCAUAUACCACUUGAUUUUCAUGAA